AUGACGAUUCCAAAUGCAGGAAUCACAGUGUCACUUCUUUGCAGGAUGGAGUGCGGUUUCACGAGCGUCGAUUUUAAAAAUCACUACCACACAGGCUUCGUUGGAACUUUAGUAGGACACCCGAUGGAUACCAUCAAACUUUAUCAACAGAUGAGCAAUGUUCCGAUGUCCAUCGGACAAGCCGCGAUUAAGAUAAUGAAAAAGGACGGGAUACGAGGAUUUUACAGAGGAAUGAUUUUCCCGCUGCUAGGCUCCGGAUACUUGAAUUCCUUGUAUUUCGGCAUUUGCGACAUGUCCAUGAAUUAUCUUCAACGCAGCAGGGGUCAUACCAGAAUCAUGCCAACGAACUCGGGCUGGAUGCAGGAUCUCUUUGUCGCCGGUUGCGCCGCAGGUGCCGUCCAAACAUUGAUAACCGGCCCCACCGAGUUCAUCAAAAUUCGAAUGCAAAUGGGCAAAAGUAUAUUGAAGAGCUGAGAGUAUAGUAACAUGAAUCAAGUUACUAAGAGAACCGUGAGCAUGCGUUUGACCGUACUGGAUAUUUAUCGGAAAUUUGGCCUUCGGGCUUUCUCCACUGGAUUGGUCAUCACAUUUUGGAGAGAUGGUCUAGGCGGUGGUGUUUACUUAUUGGCGUAUCAAAUGACUCGCCACUAUCUAUCUGGUCAAUUGAACGUAGCUCCUGGUAUCUACGAAACUAUCGUUGCUGGAGGAGUUGCCGGGUUCGCUUCGUGGAUUCCAGUCGUCCCAUUGGACACGAUCAAAUCCAGGAUACAGGGCGACGACUUGAAAAAUCCAUUCUUCCGAGGAGUGAUUCACUGCAGUUGGCACCUGUAUCAAGAGGCCGGAAUUCUCGGAUUCUCCAAAGGAUUUUCCAUGAUAAUAAUAAGAUCCAUACCCGUCAACAUUACCAUAUUGUACGGAUACGAGCUCAUUUUGAAGGGCUGUAAAUCCUUCUCAGCGUGAAAAGCUGUUAAAAGUCAACACAAAACUGGCAUGAAAGUAGAGAGUGACACUUAUUUGCGGCGCAAAUCGCGUAUGUAUAUUUAAGAUAAAUUAUAUUAGAAACAAACAAACUUCUUUAACUUUAAAUUUCACUGUGUUUAUUUUAAAUCUUUUGUACAGCGAGCUUUUUCCGAAGAUUUCAUCCAUGAAGUUUCAUUUCUCUUUCUAAAACUAAUGGUAAAUGAUAAAAAUAUAUAUGAUAAUGGAUAAAACAUUUCUCUUCUGGAUUUAUAUCACCUAAUGUGUUUAGUUCGUGUAUAAUUUGUACGCAAAUAAGCAAGUGAAAAUAAGUCACAGAAUAAAACGCAUAUAUCAUAUUUAUAAAACAGGUCAUCUUGUUUAAUCGGUGCACUGAUUGUUUUUUCUUUGUUAUUUUUUUCGCCUACAAUUUACGAGACGUUGCACAAAAUAUUGAAAAAUGAUAAAAAAUUGAUUUUGAUGAUUAAUGUGGUAAAAGUGCUUCUUACCGAAACCAGGUCAAUCAGUAAGUAUGUUAAAAUCAAAGAUAGAAAAAAGUCGUCAUGUUUAGUAAAUGUUGUAAAAACUCGGCAAACGUUUUUUUAUACUAUUUCUUCGAUCAGAAAUAGAAUUUCAUCUCAGUAUUUGUUUUCACAUUGAUACAUUUUUUCUUCUAGUUCGGGCAAACUAUCAUUUUCAUUUCAUUUCAUAUUAAUGAUUUUAAUCAUUCAUUCACUUUACUCUUUUCACUAUACCUAUAUCUUUAUUAUGCAUUGGUAUGAAAUUUUUAUAAACGAUCCCACGUACACUUUCAUGGUGGCCGGUGGGAGCACAGCUCCGAAUAAUUCUUAUGUAAUUAAUCUCAAUGAUUUAUUUCUAUUUAUAAGCAACCAUAAAUAUUUCGGAACAAUUGAGUUUAUUUUAUAUAUUUAUCC